UUCGGAUUUGGAGAAAUCAGUCGACCCAAAGAAAGGGUUUAAUGUUGAAAAGGCCGUAUGGAAUCAAAAUUGGAAGGCUAUAGAAAAACCAAACGACGUCAAGCGCUCGUGAACGAUUUUAAGGAUAUCAUCUACAAUAUGGUAUCUUUCCAGCAAGUGCGCGUUGAGGAGAAAUCGACGCACGUAAUUAUCGAAGCAGAUGCUCAGCCCACCAAGGAAGAAAGCCCGAAAGAGUCACUCCGCGCGCAGGAUAUGCGAUCAAAACGAAUUCCGGCUACCCCUGAGCCAGUCGACUCCGAUUCCGAUCAACAGGUCGAAACGCCACCGGAGGAGGAAGAAUCACCGCCUAGGCCACGAUCUCUAUUAACGUACCUCACGUAUCUGGUGUAUUUUCUGUUUUGGGUCACACUUUACGCCAUUGCGAUCGAGCUACGUUUCGGGGUGGUAUUUCUAAUGCUGUCGGCGCUUCUAGGCAUCUACUUCAAUACGCGCACGAAAAAGAGUCCGGGUGAAAUAAGUGCAUACAGCGUGUUUAACAAGAACUGCGAAGCAAUCGACGGAACACUGAAGGCUGAACAAUUCGAACGAGAAAUAGGCAUAAGACAUUGACUGUGGAACGCGGCUCA